AUGGCCAGCACAGCGCCGGCACCCGCCCCAGCAGGAGAAGACGCAGCAUCGUCCCCCCCCUUCCCCUUCCCCCGCGAAUACCACUUCCCCGCCUUCUUCACCCGCCAAACCAACCUCACCACCCACCACGCCCAGCUGUCCAAGUGGUCCGCUCUCGUCCUCGCCUACGCCCGCCACCACCGCCUCUUCCGCCUGCAUCUCUCGGCCGCCGCAGACUCGGACCUCUUCCGCAACCGCCGCAUCGACCGCCGCCUCAGCCCCGCCGACAUCCGCGACCUCCUCGACUUUAUGCGCAGGGACGGCCGCGCAGAGUACCUCGAUGCCAAGGACUCGGGCGACGUCGUCUUUGUCCACUGGAGGAAGCCGGAUGAGUGGGCUGCCGUCGUCGAGGCUUAUAUCGAGGACUCGAGCCAAAAGGACAGCGUCUUGACGCUCUACGAGCUGACCGACGGCGAGGCCACGAGGGGCACCGAGCUACACGGGAUGGAUAGUCAAGUACUUCUUAAGGCGCUCAACAUCCUGGUCAAGAGGGGCAAGGCUCAGAUUUUCGGCCAAGAGGACUCUCUUGGCGUUAAAUUCUUCUGA